GGGAGCCCAGCCAGCUCGGGCUGGUCCGGGCUGCGCUGGGCGGCCCGGAGGGAGCGCGUCCCGGGUCACGCCGGCGCCCGCGAGCGGAGAGCGGCGGGGAACGCGCCAUGGACCCCAAGGCGGGUAGCGGCGAGGAGGAUGACUGCGUGGACUCGGGCGCAGAGACCGGAGGGUCUGACUACAGCCACAUGUCCUCCACCAGCAGUGAGCUCUCCGCGGAGGAAGCGCAGGACCCUUUCUUGGUCAGCAUCCACAUAAUCGCAGACCCAGGGGAAUCCCGACCCCUGCAGGAGGCCAUCGACAAGGUCUUGGCUUGGAUCCACCCAGACCUCCAGCUGUUCAGGGUCUCUGAAAGGAGGGCGUCCCGGCGGCGGAGGAAGGCCCCCAAGGUGGCGCAGCCAGCCCUGGCGGUGGUCCUCUUCCUGCAGGAGGAGUACGGCGAGGAGCAGAUCCUGCAGCUGCACCGCACGCUGCAGCGGCCGCCCUGGCGCCAUCACCACACGGAGCGCGUGCCUAGCAGGUUUCUGCCCUACCUGCCCUGCAGCCAGGAGUUCUUCACUCUGGCCCCUGGGACACCGCUGUGGGCCAUCCGGCCUGUGCACUACGGCAAGGAAAUCGUGCGCUUCACCAUCUACUGUCGCCAUGACAACUACGCCGACAUCCUCAAGUUCUACGAGCUGAUACUCAGGCGGAGCCCCAGCCAGAGGAAAACGGACUUCUGCAUCUUCCCCAUUUUCUCCAGUCUGGAUGUGGACAUCCAGUUCUCCCUGAAGAGACUGCCCUGUGACCAGACCCCGGUCCCCACUGAUUCCUCCGUGCUGGAGUUCCGAGUCAAGGACAUUGGCGAGCUGGUGCCUCUCUUGCCCAACCCCUGCAGGCCCAUCAGUGAGGGACGCUGGCAGACGGAGGACCACGAUGGGAACAAGAUCCUUCUGCAGGCACAGAGGGUACACAGGAAGUGCCCUAAACCCAGCAGAGCUCACCAUGCCUCAGAGCAGAAAGCUGGGUCCGCGCCUUCUCCGAGUGCCGCUGCACAGAGCCGGACCCCUGGCAGCGGCCCACAGCCCCCGAUGGACACUUCAGACCUGGGGCUCGGCCAGACAGGCCUGCCUACCCGGCAGCCGCAGGACUUCACCAGACCAGCCGGCGGCCCUCCCAGCCUCCCCUGGUCUUUCCAGAGAAGCAAGUCCUUGUUUUGUUUGCCCACGGGAGACCCCUCCCCGGCCUCCUCAGCCGAACCACCGUGGUUUGCAAACACAGACGGCCCGGGGCAGAGGGCGUCGGAGCGGAGGCACGGCCACCUCCUCUCCAUCGAUGACUUAGAGGGGGCCCAGGAGACGGACGUGGACACGGGGCUGCGGCUCUCCUCCUCCGACCUGUCCGUGGUCUCUGCGUACUCUGCACCCAGCAGGUUCUGCAGCCCCACGGAAACACUUCUCCCCUCCGAAAGAUGCAGCAGCCUCUGGUCAGAGCGCAGGGCUUCCAGAGAAGGACCCCUGCCCGCUGGGGGCGGCGUGACCACAGAGGCCUCCUGGGCUGCCCUCCCUCUGUCCACCAAAGGGCCUUCCAGCUCCUCGGCCACAGCUGUCACCGCUUCCCCAGCUUCCGACACCUCCUGGCUCACAGAGUCACCCCCAGAACUCCCUUAUGAUGCUCCCGACGCCCAGCAGACUGGCAGAGGCGUCCUACCACCCUCAGUGCUGGCCGGACGCGGGGGCAGCGACGUGGAGGAGGAAUUCUACAUCUGAACGCACCCCACUCUUGUCUUUCAGACCCACAGGCUCAGGUGCCCCUGCCCCUCUGGGGUCUGCACGCCACCCGUGUUCUCAGCCCCGCUUCCCCAGGUCCCUCCGGAAUCUAAUUCUCUGUCUCACGGGGUCAUUACUAGCACGUUUGACACACCACCCGUUCUUACCUGCGAGGUGGUGGGCUCAGUGGAAAAAUACUGGGAUUUUUAUGCAAACAAAUUCUCAACAAACUUAAGGCAUAAAAUAUAUGUUUUGAAUACUCAGUCCCAUUUGAGAUAUGGUUUGGUGCACUUAUUUAAAUGCUUCAUAUAAUUAUUUGAAAUGGAAAGAAAACCUAGUCAGCUGGAGCUGAUUUCACAAUUUUUCAUGCUGGGAAGGAAAAACAAUUAAAGCCAAAAAACGUUGAAUGUGAGAAAGAUACCAAGUGACUUGUAUGAGAGAUUAGUGCACAUAAUUCCACCUUACUGGAUUCUCCAUAUCUGUUUACCUUACCAGGGAGCAGUGGCCCUGAGAAUUUCCAGGUACCGUUACAGUGAAAGGAGUCACCUUGAUAAAACAGUAAACUUACAUCAGACUACAGUGAUACCUCACUUUGAUGCCACGCAACAUCUGCAUUUACGCAAAAGUAGCUACUAUGCUUUAUAGAGAUUCAGCCUGAGUUAACAGACUCUUGGUGCAUUUAUAAUACGAUUUUGAGUUCCAAAAACUAGAUUUGCAUACAUCUUUCAAACAUAUUCACUGUAAUAGUUGGGGGUCUACAGAAGACUCCACUACCUAUCCAGAUUUGUCUGGAUCAAUGAGGAAGAAUCGUUCUUGGAGUUACAGAAUAGUAGGGUAUUAGACAUAGUGGGUAGGUAUUCUUAAGUUGCUUCAAUUUUUAAAACCACAAUCCAAGGGCUAUAUAUACACAGCUCUAUGUAAAUGACAGGAGCCACAUCUUAUACUGCUUUCUCCAGUAAACAUGCAUCAUCCCAUACCCUUUUCCAUUUUUAAAUAAUUCAUAACAAUUUUAACUGGCAUUUUGAUUGCACAGGUUAAUAAAUGCACUCCCCUCUUCUCCAAGCGGGAAGCUUUACACAAAAUGCUGUCCUGAACCAACACUGUUGCACGCGUGCAUAGGAGCCUUAAUUAAAGCUGGAGCUCUAACCUGACCUUGGCCUUUCCUGCCAUUGCCUGCUUCUGUCACAGCGUGAACAGUAUUUACAUCUCACCUCUCUCCCACUCCAGUAAGGGUAUGUUUACAAUUCCAGCCUCUACAGUGCCAAGUGCUGGCGUCGGGGACAACGCCAAGCUGUCCCUAGUUGCUGUAUACCUUUGGGGAAGAAGGGCGUAGACUUGCCUUGCUUACGUCCCACUCUGGUGCUCCCUGCCUGAAUGACUCAUGGCCCAGUUUACCGCUCUCUGGAAGCGCCCACACCAGCCCAGACACAGCUCCAGAAUCCUCUUCAACACAGCCCUUCCGGCAGCCGUUACCAGCCAUCAGACUUGAGCUGAAGCCUCAGGUCUUUGCCAUCCCCCCUGUAAUGAGAACCUUACCUCCUACCCCGAACAUCCCGCAUAUUCCAGGACUCCGAAUUACAAUAUUCUGCUCUGCUUUAAGUAAAUAAAAGUAUGGUCUUCUAUAAUUCUAGACCAGGAGUGAGCAAACUUUUUUUUAAAGGGCUAAAUAAUAAAUACUUCCGGCUUUGCCAGCCAUACAGUCAUCUGUCAUUAUCGUGUGAAAGCAGCCUAUGAUAUAUAAAUGAAUGGGAGCGGCUGAGUUCUAAGAAAGUUUAUUUUACAAGAACGGGUGGAGGGUCGGAUUUGGCCCAAAGGUCGUAGUUUGCCAACCUUUGUGCUAGACUGACGUUGAUUUGAGAUCUCAGCCACGGUCAACGAUAAAGAACAGAGGGUUGCAUCCCUCUGCUGCUGUGGUGCCCGAGACCAGGAAAAUACACUCUAGGGGCCACACUGGUGACUACAGAACCACAGGGCUCAGAGCUGCCUGGGGCUUCUUUCUGCAGAGAUGAUGCCUAGAAGGCCGCGGCCUGCCCACCUGCUGCCCGGAAAUGUGAUUCACAGACAGGUGCUGAUAAUGCAAAACAACACGCUAAUCACUCAGGGCGCCGACGCAGCCCCAAGGAGCAGGAGACAAGCUCAGGAUAGCACAAGUCACCGAGGCAUCCACGAGUAGACCCACGGCCAGGUGAUGGCUCCUCCUGUCUCCACCCUUCAUCAGUGCCCUUAGUUCAGAAUAUUCACACACACCCCCUACGGAUGCUUCAGAGCACAGCUCUGACGCGCUCUGCCCCCAUCCUUUCUCACCGACCCCUGCCUCAGCACAAACUGAGUGACCCCAAAAGAUGUCAGCAAAGCCCUUCAAAAGCAGAAAAUGCAAGAUGCCCCCCAUAACACAAGGGGAGAAGGGGAGAGAAGCCCACCGCAGACCACACUCAGACGCUCCCCUCCUCACAGACGGCAGUCGCUCUGAGGAGCAGGCGUCACAGAGACACUACUGACGGCAUCACCCCCUUUUCUGACCUACCGCUAGCAUUGUCCUCAUCCAGGAGGGCUCCUGACACCCACCGGUAGAUCCUGACUCUUUUGGAUUGUUAUUGUGAUAGAUGCUGCC